CAUGCAAGAGUGUAAAUUGCACAACCAGUGUUACAGCAUCAAUUACCACAAUGAGAAAAGAAUCUGUGAGCUCAACGAUGCAAAUCAUUUGACGGACCCACAAGAUUUCAUCUUCUCGCAGGGAUAUGACUACGAAAAUAACAAUGCUCGUUCCCCCUCAAAUUGCRGCAUCAGCUACUGCAAUCGAAAAACGGACAAGUGCUUGAUUGACAGCAAUGGGCGGGACUAUACAUGUCUGUCGUGCAAAGAUGACGGAGGGCAGGAAGUUAUGACAUUUCCCCAAGCAAACUUACAAAACAAAGUUGUUUUAGAGAACUGGUUYGAAUCCUUGAAAGCCUUUACAGUAUGCUCGUGGAACCAAGUAGUCUCGAAAGAUUCUCAGUCUAUCUUCAGCUAUGCCACCACAAGUGAAUCAAACGAAAUAUUUGUACAAAUUGUACGAGAUUCGAACAUCAUAUUUAUACGUAGCUAUUUAUUGGGAUUGUUGCACAUCGGCCAGGCARARUAYCCAGUUGAUGGCAACUGGCAUCAUUUUUGUUUGACAUGGGGUAACGCCCUUGGAGAGUGGAAAAUAUACAUUGAUGGUGUCAAGAAAGCUGRAGGCAAAAAGAACGCAGGCAGAGUUAUUGGCAAGGGAGCCGUCGUACUUGGUCAGGACCAAGACUCAUACAAGGGAGGCUUUGCAUUAUCUCAAAGCUACCAAGGCAACAUGACCAACGUAAACUUAUGGAACAGGGUUCUCAAAGAAGAGGUAGCUAGCUUAUCUCAAUCACGCUGCACUGGAGAAGGGAAUGUUAUCAAGUGGUCAGACUUCACAACCAAAGUAGAAGGGGAUAUCCAACUUUCAUGUGCCAAAAAUGUUUGUUGAGGUUCUGGUGUUUUGUUUCUGGGUGCAACGCCAUCUGGGACAGUGCGUUUUGAAUCAAUUUGGUAAAACAACGAGUAAACAAACAUUUACAAUAGAGGCUCAUUACUCUUUAACUAUUAUUAGCUGUAAAUAAAGAUUAAGUAGUACUAAAAAUCAAUAAUUUAAUUCAUUUUUACGGUUUUUUUUUAAUUAGAGAUUUUCUAAAGAACCAUGGGCGAUGGAUAUUAUUAAUAAAUCCUUGAUUCAAUGUGAUUUAUAGGAUUCCUGCAUUUCUCAAGUGCAGCCAAUUUCAAUUUUCUUUUUCUUUUAUCGAUCCAACUUCAAACCAUAAUAUAAUAUUGGUUUGAAUUAAAUAAAGCAAUGAAAAUAGGCAAGUAAACAGUAGAUUGCAUGUAACUUAUAGCGAACAUUCACAUCUAGUACACUCACAUUUUGAAUGGAGUCUUAAAUGUUUAUAUCGCAUUUGCUUAUAAUGAAAUUAUGUAUUUAUGAUUAACAAAAAAGACAAAAAAAGCUUGACAAAGGCCUUAUGCACCACAGGAUGUGAACUUGCGAAGUGAAGAGAAAUGUUUAUGAUUCGCAUAAGGCAAGUUCUUUUGCAUAUUAAACCUUUCGUGUUCACAUUUAUCUCUUCGAAAAGACUGUGUGCAGGCUUGCUAUACACGCUAGAAAAUUCUCCUCAGUGCAGAUAGCGCAAAUUUUCGAAUAAUUUAGCACUAAAUAAAAUGAAAAGCUGA